GCUCUGCCCACACACUGGCCUGGUCCACCUCCAAACCUACCAAUGGCGGAAACUUCCUGGUCAGGUGCCCAUGGAAUACAACCACCUCCAGGAGAUUCCCAUCAUGUCUCUGAGGAACAGACUACUACUGCUGCACCACAUAUCGGAGCUCUUUUGUCCUUGUAUCCCCAUGUUUGAUCUGGAGGGCCGGCUGGGGCAGACGGCACACGGACCUGCCCUAGGGUUUAACACGUUACGGGCAUACUCAUCUCACAGGGCAAGGAAGCAGCGUUCCGUAAGGUAGUCCAGGCCACCAUGGUGAGAGACAGGCAACAUGGUCCUGUGGUGGAACUCAACAGGAUACAGGUCAAGCGGUCUCGUAGUAAAGGAGGUUUGGCGGGUCCAGACGGGACCAAGUCAGUGUUUGGUCAGAUGUGUGCCAAAAUGAGCUCCUUCAGCCCAGACAGCUUGCUGCUGCCUCACCGCGUCUGGAAGGUCAAGUUUGUGGGUGAGUCUGUGGAUGACUGUGGCGGGGGCUACAGUGAGUCCAUAGCAGAGAUGUGUGAGGAGCUGCAGAACGGCCUGACCCCUCUCCUCAUCGUGACCCCGAACGGACGAGACGAGUCAGGGGCCAACAGAGACUGUUUCCUGCUCAACCCUGCAGCCAAGUCAGCCCUGCACAUGAACAUGUUCAGAUUCUUAGGAGUGCUCCUGGGCAUAGCCAUCCGUACUGGAUCUCCUCUCAGUCUCAACCUGGCUGAACCUGUCUGGAAACAGCUGGCUGGGAUGAACCUCACCAUCGCUGACCUCAGUGAGGUGGAUAAAGACUUUAUCCCUGGCCUGAUGUACAUCAGAGACAACGAGGCCACGGCUGAGGAGUUUGAGGGCAUGACUCUCCCCUUCACAGUCCCUAACGCUAGCGGACAGGAUAUUCAGCUCAGCUCUAAAUACUCCCACAUCACCCUGGAGAACAGGGCCGAGUACGUCCGCCUCGCCAUCAACUACAGGCUCCAUGAGUUUGAUGAGCAGGUGUCAGCUGUGAGAGAAGGGGAUGGCUCGGGUCGUGUGCGGCAGUCCAGACAUCCCCUCCACCUGUUGAAGUCAGUAGCCACCUAUAAAGGUGUUGAGCCAACUUCUCCUCUCAUCCACUGGUUCUGGGAGGUCAUGGAGUCCUUCUCCAACACGGAGAGAUCUCUGUUCCUGCGCUCGUCUGGGGACGGACACGCCUCCCACGCACCAUCGCUGACUUCAGAGGACGAGACUUCGUUGUCCAG